UUAACUACUACCUAGGUAAGUACGGAAUAAUACCUAUAACAACCCACCUGCAGGGAAGGAGAAAAAAAAAAGCAAAGCAAACGACCACGAGACAGGGAACCUAUCACAGUAUGGCGCACUUCGAAGCACAGGCACUUACCCGGCCUGAAACAUUCAAUUUCGCUACCGAUGUUAUCGAUUACUGGGCUUCCAAAUCUCCCGGUCUCCGAGCGAUGUACUGGACUUCGCGAGCGACGGGGGAAUGCCGUACACUGGACUACAAUCAUUUCAGCAGGGAAUCGCAUCGUGUUGCCACAUUACUACGACAACUAGGAAUAAAAGCUGGUGAUAGAUUGAUUAUCAUAUUACCUCGGGUAACUGCGUGGUGGGAAGUUGCUAUCGCUGCUAUCAGAGCCGGAGUUGUUCUAUGUCCGUGCACCACUCUCCUUGUCGAUAAAGAGAUCGAAUACCGAGCCCAACGUUCCGGCGCUACAGCUUUUAUCGGUGAUGAGACGAGCGUUGGGAAGUUGCUCAAUGUACGACAUCAAUGCCCGCAGUUGAAGACAAUAUUGCAGGUCGGCGGAAAUGCUCCUGAAGGAGUGGUGUCGUAUUUCGAUGCGCUGGGAAAAAUCGAACAGCAUGUCCAGUUCUCGAGGCAGCCAAACAAGGCGACGGACCCCGCUCUGAUAUAUUUUACCUCUGGCACUUCCGGUCCUCCGAAGAUGGUGUUGCAUAAUCAGAUAUCGUAUCCUUUAGCACACACAAGCACUGGAAAGUAUUGGCUUAGACUGAAGCCUGGUAAGGUCUAUUGGAAUCUAGCGGAACAAGGUUGGGCGAAAGCUGGCUGGGCGGUUUUCGCAACAUGGAAUUGCGGAGCGGCGCUUUUUGUAGAAGAUGAUCGCAGACCUUUCGACCCCAUCCAUCUGCUCGAUACCCUGCACAAACAUCCCGUCACGACACUAUGUGCUCCGCCAACCGCAUAUCGACAAUUGGUUCUCCAAGCCAGUCUAGCUCACUUCAGAAAGAACCCUCCCGCUGCCUUGGAACACUGUGUCGGAGCAGGGGAGCCCCUGAAUGGUGAAGUGAUCAGACUCUGGAAGGAAAUGAGCGGCAUUCAGAUCUGCGACGGCUACGGCCAGACAGAAACGAUCCUCGUAUGCGGCAACCUUGAAGGAAACGCAAUCAAAGUCGGCUCUAUGGGAAAACCCGUUCCGGGUGUACCGAUGCUGGUGGUCGAUGAAUCCGGACAGGAAGUACCUUCAGGGACAGAAGGAAAUAUCGCGCUAUCAAUAGGCGACGACACUAACCCCCCUUUCUUUGGCAUAUUCGAGGGAUAUAUCAAGGAGGACGGAAGUGUGCAGAGACCCGUUACAGCCUCGACAGCAGGGAAGACUCUGUUCCUAACAGGAGAUCGUGCCACGAGGGACACUGACGGAUAUUUCUGGUUUGUUGGCCGCUCAGAUGAUAUUAUCAACUCAUCAGGCUACCGAAUCGGACCAUACGAAGUCGAAUCUGUCCUCAAGCAGCAUCCGGGAGUAGUCGAGUCGGCCGUAGUGGCUUCACCAGAUCCAGAGCGUGUCGAGGUCGUCAAAGCUUUCAUCGUCCUCACUGAGGAAUACAAGCGAAGAAACCAGGAUGAGCUUCGCAAGGAGAUCCAGGACUUCUGCAAGAAGAUGUCUGCGCCAUACAAGUACCCGCGGAGGGUUCAGUUCGUGGAACCGAGUUUUCUCCCGAAAACCAUCAGUGGGAAGAUUAUGCGGAAUCGGUUGAGGGCCAUGGAGAAAGAGAGAGUGGGAAGUGGAGUCGCUAGAAGUAAGAUAUAGACGGAUAGAUGAUAUAACGAGUCUAGAGUCUCAUUUUACUGUUAAUAAUAACAUUACAUUGAUUGUUCUCUCGAGUGGUAUAAUCAAUAGUUAUCACCUG